AUCAGUAUGACAAUUAUCAAGUACUUCCCGAUUUGUAAGCUUGACUUUUAAGCAGAUUAUUCAUGGUUAUGCAUUGAAUUCGAAUGUAAGGAUGAAACUGAAAAUAGUAUUAUUAUUGUGGAUAAUAAAAUAUGUUCAUACCUUGAAUCCCUGCUUACCAUCCGGACAUUCAAAAUUUCCUAGAGAUAGCAUUGGUCUUCGCAAUGAAAACUGCACAAUACCAGGUUCCCACGAGCAGAUUUGUGACAAAUACCUCGACUCGCCAACAUGGUAUAUCAUAGAGGAUGGCAAAUUACUGAAUCAUUGUCCGAGCAAGGGCUCAUGUGGAAACGCCUAUCCUGCGUGGAUGGAUGGUUCAUAUCCGACUGAAAAAGAUGGCGUUAUUGAUUUGACGGCGUGUAUAAAAAGAGAUAAUGACUGCUGUAAAGAUCACGUGACAAUGAGAGUAAAGAAUUGCUCGACCUUCCUUGUUUAUCAUUUAAAACCGUUAAAAGAAUGUACAAGUGCAUACUGUAUUGAGUCGGAUCUACCAUGUAGGCCUCCUACUACUACUACACAGACAACAACAACAACAACAACAACAACAACAAUUACAACAUUGACAGCAGCAGCAGCAAAGAAGAUAAAUACAACACAGUCAGGUUUAAAAGGAAAGGAUAAAGCUCUUAUAAUUUGUGUCAGCAUCAUUGCAGCUGCUAUUGCUGCUUUAGCUGUGGCAUUUGCAUGUAAAAAUAAAAGUAACAGCUUUAGGUGCAAAGUGGGAGCAGCAAAUGGAGGCCUAACAUCCCAAAACUUCAAGCAAGUUGCAGAGGCAGGGCAAAAUCAACAGCAAACAUAAAAGAACCGCAACAGAAAUAUUUCAGCUACACUUCUUUUCAUGUUUUUGUUUAUCUUGUUUUUUCGGUAAUGCUAAUGUUUUUACGUUUUGCAGAUUGCAUUUUAUUUUUACAAAUGAUUGUCAUUCAGAUUCAUACAAUUGACUCGCAAUAACUCAUACUCGCUUUACUUAAAAUUCCGCGUAAGUCCCGUCAAAGUUCCAUCUUAUCUUUAAAUCUUUACUUUGUCUGAGACAACUUUUGAGUUUCUAGGACUCCGGAUGUGUCGAAGGGAAUUUUUGGUCCCAACUAUUAACUUUUAACAUAUUUUCUUUUCAAUAAGUCCAAGUAUGAUGAAAGGUUGGCGAAACUGCUUCAUAUGUCAUGAUUAUUUGUAUUUUAUAACUGACUUUACACGCUGUUACAAAUACUUUUAUUAGUAUUAUAUUAUAUUUAAACGGUCAGAUAAAUAAAAUACAAUAAAAUAGAAAGAAAAAAAACUUAAUACACAUUAUUACUUAUCAAGGCACAUGUUAUUUGUGUGAUAUAUUUUCCUGUGUUACAUGUUAAUGCUGACCAUGUUCUUAUAUAGCAUUGAUAAGUGAUUUACAUUUUAUUACGAGUAGACCUACAACUUCAGACCAGCGUAUGCGUAGGACUAGCACCUGACGUUUGUUGUUUCUUGAACAUUUUCUUUUCUAAUAUCUGAUAUGUUUUUUUUCUUCAUUCGUUAAGUUAUAAAAUAUAAAAAUAUUCGUUUACAAUAUAAAUCAAUAUAUUUUUGUAAAAAAUGUUUGAAACAGUUAUGAUCGUCGUCUCUUUAUUUUGUUUUAACUUACUAGUAUAUUCAUUCGUUAAGCUUUAACAAAGACCGAUAUUCUAUUUAGUUUAAAAUUAUAAAAUACCGCUUAUUGUACUGCUUUCCUAUUUAUGUAACAAGACAAAUCCGAUAUGAUAUUCUUUGCAAGUAUAGUACAAAUAAACAUUCUAUGAACUUUGAAGGAUUGUAAAUAUGGCUGUCAAAGACUUGAUUUUUAUUUGUUGGGUCGUCAGACCAAACAAAUAAUGGUAGCAAAAUUUCAGACCAUGAUGCUGUUAAUUGCAAAUGCCGAAAGUAGUCCGCUUUUUUUGAAGCGGUUACUUCCCUUCAUAUGUACAUUAACGCCGAAAUUUAAGGGAAGACCACUGCGUUAAGAUUGUC